AUGUCUGGACAGCCACCGCGGGAUGAAUCAGCUUAUCCGCACUUUGCUAUGAUCUAUAUUGACAGGGAAGGGAAUCUCUGCCAAAGAUCUUCCGAAUCAAUUGCCGAUAGCAUACAGAGCAUUCUCUCCCCUAGAGUUACGGCCGAAUUCUUAAGAGCCGUGGCAAGGUCACGAGAGUCACAGGGCACCCAAUACCAAGCCCCUGUUCCAGUGCAAUCUAGUCGGGGGUCCCGACUAAGCGCGUACGGCUCUGCUACGUCGCAGAGAGAACUUGUGUCCCGCGGCGGAAACCACUUGGACAAUGAGCAGAGCAUAAUAUCACCCACUGAGCCAACCCCUCAUCUUCCACCUGCAAUGUGGCCCCAGUCCAGUGAAACUUGGCCGCAUCAACAAAGACAAGAGAUCAGCUCACAGCCUAGAAAGAAGCAUUUUGGGGGCCGAAGCUUGAACUUGAGUUCAAAUCAGAACGUGCCAAUCUCCGUGAAAGAAGCUGAUGUCUUGCGUCUGUACUAUGAGAAGAUUUUUCAGAAUCUCCAACAGACAAACUGCCGUGUCAUUGCAAAGGCUUACAUCAAGGUUGUCGAGCCUCGCAAACAAGUGAACUAUCCCUACAAUGGGCGGAAGACAGUGGAUGGAAGAGUUCAACAGCUCGACCCAGAGGCUACCAAACCGCCUUGGUGGCCGAUCGGAGUCUGUCACCGGGAACCCGAUCAUCUUCCUAAAGUUGAACGCAUUCGACUCCUAGUUCACAUCCUGUGCGAGUUACGUGGAAGUCACGGAAUCACCGCCGCCAGGCUUAGGGAAUGUGACCAGCCUAUUCGCCGUCAGAUUCUCCCGGCCGAUCGUAUACAAAUUCUGGACGAGGCAUACCGGGUUCGUGAGGCAGAGGAAAAGUUCGAAGACGGCAUCUCAGAUGGGGAACAAAGCGUGUUGAUAUGUCGCUCAAACCUUCCUCAAAUAGCAGAAGACAUGUCCAGCGAACAAAGCUCGCCGACCGAGCCGGUGUCUACGAAUGCAACUAAAUCCGAAGACAGCAACAACAUCCCGAGAAUCGAUACCAGCCAAGUUGUGAUCUCCGCCGAAGACUUCCCAAGCGUGCCCCCAUACCAUCCGCCCAAUCCUUACACUCCUACAAUACACCCGAUAAUUCAAACAAGUCCAAACAUCCAAUACCAGACCUCCGAGCCCUCCCCGCAUAAUUCAUCAUCACCGCAGGAAUUGAAGAGAAAGCGUGAGCUAUGUUCUGGCACGAACCUGGUUGAUCGGACGCGCCCAAUCGGCAUGGCACAUUACCCAUACCCUGGAGAUUCUGGCGUCCAAUCUCACAUGGAGCUCUAUGAUCAACAAGUUGUUCCCCAAGAAGCAGGUGCCCCAAUCACUCAGUCAUCGGCGGAUUUGGUACCUACGGAGUCUGUGAUGCCAUAUGGGUACCCUUAUUAUUAUAAUUAUUGA